CAAACAAAAUUAAACAUGGCUAAAGCACAAAUAUGUAUUUGUUUCAUCAUCUUCUUUUACCUUUGGUCAGGAAAUUUCGUGGAAGUCAAGGCAUAUAGCCGAGGAGCUUGGUGUGUUGCUAAACCUUCUGCGACUAAUGAUAGACUUCAACAAAACAUAGACUUCGUGUGUUCUAAAAUGGAUUGUAAUAUCAUAAAGAAGGGAGGUGCAUGCUAUUCACCAGAAAAUCUCAUCAAUGCUGCUUCUGUUGCCAUGAAUAUUUACUACCAAACUCAAGGAAGACGUUCUUGGAACUGCAAUUUCGAGGGCUCUGGUCUCGUUGGCGUAACUGAUCCUAGCUACGGAAAUUGCAUUUAUGAAUUUCGUCGUCAGUAAACAUAUCAAGUUUCGACUUUGUUGCAAGAAGAAGAUAUCUCGAAGAGCGUACCUGAAAUUUUAUAUUGUAAAAUUAUUUGAAGUUUGAGUAUUCCGAUUUUUCAACAGUUAAAUGUUUAAGUCCGGAUAUAUAUAU